AAUUAGGAACAAACAAUAUUAUCUAAAAUAAUCACCAAUAUGUCUGUAAAUCGUACCGCCCGUAUCCUACAUUCGGCCUCAUGCAUCUCUUUCUAUGGCAAACGCUCGAUUCUGUCAUGGAGUGGACAGCCCGCUAUCAUUCCUACCUCCUCAGGUGUGCAAGCUCGCCAUAACAGCGGCAUAUUCCAGGAUUGGAAGGGCUCAGGGGCAGAAAAAUCCACAACCCACCGCGUCCAGAAGGAGAACGACAAUACAGACCCGGAGACGAUAGCGGCGAACCGGACAAUGCAGGAUAGAGAAGAAAACUUUGGCGUGGGGAACAGAGGCGAGUCUGAUGCUGCGACAGAGCGAGGAGGGGCCAAGAAUGCAGAGAAAGUUAAGAAGGACCAUCCCAAGGCGACUGAGCCGGUUAUUGGUAUGAAUGAUGAAAGAGCAGAGAAGGGAGUUUGAUUCGGGGUCAAAG